AUGCCUAUCUCUAAGAUCCACGCCCGCUCCGUCUACGACUCUCGUGGUAACCCCACCGUUGAGGUUGACGUUGUCACUGAGACCGGUCUCCACCGUGCAAUUGUUCCUUCUGGAGCUUCCACUGGUCAGCACGAGGCUCACGAGCUCCGUGAUGGCGACAAGUCCAAAUGGCUCGGCAAGGGCGUCCUGACUGCCGUCAAGAACGUCAACGAGAUCAUUGCCCCCGCCGUCAUCAAGGAGAACCUCGACGUUAAGGAGCAGUCCAAGGUUGACGAGUUCCUCAACAAGCUCGACGGAACUGCCAACAAGAGCAACCUUGGUGCCAACGCCAUCCUCGGUGUCAGUCUGGCCAUUGCCAAGGCUGGUGCUGCUGAGAAGGGUGUCCCUCUCUACGCUCACAUCUCCGACUUGGCUGGAACCAAGAAGCCCUACGUCCUUCCCGUCCCCUUCCAGAACGUCCUCAACGGUGGUUCCCACGCCGGUGGUCGCCUGGCUUUCCAGGAGUUCAUGAUUGUUCCUGACGCUGCUUCCUCUUUCUCCGAGGGUCUCCGCCAGGGUGCUGAGGUCUACCACAAGCUCAAGGCUCUUGCCAAGAAGAAGUACGGCCAGUCUGCAGGUAACGUCGGUGACGAGGGUGGUGUUGCCCCCGAUAUUCAGACCGCCGAGGAAGCUCUCGAUCUCAUUACCGAGGCCAUUGAGCAGGCCGGUUACACUGGCAAGAUUAACAUUGCCAUGGACGUUGCCUCCAGCGAGUUCUACAAGGCCGAGGAGAAGAAAUACGAUCUCGACUUCAAGAACCCUGAGAGCGACCCCUCCAAGUGGCUCACCUACGAGCAGCUUGCCGACCUUUACAAGUCUCUUGCUGCCAAGUACCCUAUUGUCAGUAUCGAAGACCCCUUCGCUGAGGACGACUGGGAGGCCUGGAGCUACUUCUACAAGACCUCUGACUUCCAGAUCGUUGGUGAUGACCUGACUGUCACCAACCCCCUCCGUAUCAAGAAGGCCAUUGAGCUUAAGUCCUGCAACGCCCUUCUCCUCAAGGUCAACCAGAUCGGUACCCUGACUGAGUCCAUCCAGGCCGCUAAGGACUCCUACGCCGACGGCUGGGGUGUCAUGGUUUCCCACCGUUCGGGUGAGACCGAGGACGUCACCAUUGCCGACAUCUCUGUCGGUCUUCGCUCUGGACAGAUCAAGACUGGUGCUCCUGCCCGGUCCGAGCGUCUGGCCAAGCUCAACCAGAUCCUCCGUAUUGAAGAGGAGCUCGGCGAGAACGCCAUUUACGCCGGAUCCAACUUCCGCAAGUCUGUCAACCUGUAA